CCUCGCCACGCUGCGAUUUCGCCUCUUCGCAUUGCCGUUGUUGGGACGCGGAGGCGAACGAAGGGGGAAAGAUCGAGUCUUGCUGUGCAGGUCUUUGGAUGAUGCCCCGGAGGGCUCGGAAAACGUGAGAAGCUUGUUUUUUUUUGCGGAUGAUAAAUGAACCGCCGCUGAUGAUCCUUGGGGAGGGGGGGGAAGCAUUCGAUGUUCGAGCAGACUGAUGGACUCUAGCAGCGACGUGCGUUUUCAGAAGUUACGUUUUGGAUAGCUCCGGCAUGGAAACAAGCUGGCUUACAAGCGGUGAGCUUCUCAAUCUGUAUUAAUAUCUGAAGGCGAAGAUACGAGCUGAACAUAUCUGCUUUUGAACGUUGACACUCGCGCACACAAACAAUAGGGUUGGAACAUGAGCCUGAAAAGCUCGAGAGAUGAAGCGCGCUUGAGACUCCUGCCCCCGAGGCUUCGAGGUGCCAGCCGACAACAGGACAGCAAGUAGGACUCGAACCUAAUCUUUUUGUUCUCGCUCAUCGAAUGCCUGGGGUUUCUCCCUGCCCUGUGGCGUCUUCACACAUGCAAGACAGAAGAAACGAAAAAAAAGACUUACUCAAACAUUCCAAAACCGAACCCCUCCUUAAAAAUGAGUCUUGAGACUCAAUGAGGCCAGCCUUGGUCAACAAGGAAGAUAAAUAAAUAACAAAUAAGACCUGUCACGGACAGCUUUCUGCACACAGUUCACGCUGGGAGAUGCAGCCCGCGGCUUGAGUUGAAUUCAGAAAACUCCACCACCACCACCACGUACUCCGCACGUACGAACAUGGAACGGACAGCGUUGUGGCUGAUGCUGCUGCUGCUGGCGCUGGUCUCGUGCCGGCCGGACGCGGUCUCCUCGCACGUCCACGGCGCGUUCGUGUGCGAGCCCAUCGGCCUGCGCCUCUGCCUGGAGCUGCCCUACAACAUGACCUUCAUGCCGAACCUCCUGGGACACUACGACCAGCAGACCGCCGCCGUCGCCAUGGAGCCGUUCCACCCGCUGCUCAAGCUGGAGUGCUCUCCGGAGGCGCGCACCUUCCUGUGCGCGAUGUUCGCGCCGGCGUGCGCGCCGCCGGGCCGCGUGGUGCCCCCGUGCCGCUCGCUCUGCGGCCGCGUGCGGGACUCCUGCGCCGAGCUGCGCGAGGUCUUCGGCAUCCCCUGGCCCGACGAGAUGGACUGUGGCAGGCUGGAGGAGUGCGACGAGCCCUACCCCAUGUCGCCGCGGCCGGUGGCGAGUGGCGCGACGCCGCAGACCACCCAACACUUGGCCCAGCGCGACUACGGCUUCUGGUGUCCGCGCGAGCUCAAGGUCCCGUCGGGGCUCGGCUACUCAUUCAUGGGCGUGCCGGACUGCUCGCCGCCGUGCCCCAACAUGUACUUCAGCUCCGGCGAGCUGGAGCUCACGCGUUACUUGGUGGGCGUCAUGUCCGUCGUGUGCCUCGUCGCCACCACCUUCACCUUCCUCACCUUCCUGCUCGACCGCAAGCGCUUCCGCUACCCGGAGCGGCCCAUCAUCUUCUACGCGACCUGCUACGUCGCCGUCUCGCUCUCCUUCCUGGUCGGCUUCCUCCUGGACGACUCCGCGGCCGCCUGCAACGCGCCGGGGCUGGCGCCCGGCGCCGCCGCCACCGUCACGCAGGGCUCGCGCAACAACAAGGCGUGCACCGCCGUCUUCAUGCUGCUCUACUUCUCCGCGAUGGCCGGCGCCCUCUGGUGGGUGGUGCUCACCAUCACGUGGUUCCUGGCCGCGGGCCUCAAGUGGGGGCGCGAGGCCAUCGAGAAGAGGGCGGCCGCGUUCCACGCGCUCGCCUGGGGCCCGCCGGCCGCGCUCACGGUGGCGCUGCUGGCGCUGAACAAGGUGGAGGGCGACAACCUGAGCGGCGUGUGCUUCGCGGGCCUCUACGACGUGACGACGCUGCGCUACUUCGUGCUGGCGCCGUUGGGCGUGUGCGCCGCCGCGGGCCUCUCGCUGCUGCUCGCCGGCAUCGUGUCGCUGAACCGCGUGCGCCUCGAGAUGCGCCACGACGGGCGCAACCAGACGAAGCUCGUCAAGUUCAUGGUGCGCAUCGGCGUGUUCAGCGUGCUCUACCUCGUGCCGCAGCUGGCGCUCGUGGCGUGCCUCGUGUACGAGCAGGCGUCGCGCGCCGCCUGGGAGGCGACGUGGCUGCGCGAUCGCUGCACCGAGUACCGCAUUCCGUGCCCCUACCAGGCGAACCAGCCGAAGCAGCGGCCGGCUCUCGUGCUCUUCCUGGUGAAGUACUUCACCACGCUCGUCGUCGGAAUCCCACCCGCCUUCUGGGUCGGCAGCCGCAAGACGUGUCUGGGAUGGGCGGCCUUUCUGUCGGGACGACGGCACAAGCAGGCGGUGGUUAACGAGAGCCGCCGGGUGCUGGAGGAGUCUCACGACGUCUGCUCCCAGACGCUGCUGGCGUCCGCGCCGCGCAAGUCCCGUGGCACCUCGACGCAGGGCACGUCCACGCACGCCUCCUCCUCCAACGCGCUAGAGGAGGCGGCGACGUCGCCGCCGCCGCCGCCACCGGGGCUUUGCGGCAGCAGCAGCAAGCCCAGCAGCCAGCACAGCCGCGUGAGCGGCACGCACGGCAAGCCGCCCGAUGCCAGCAGACACACGCCCAACAGCAGGCGUAGCGCGACGGUCCUCCCGUCCCCCGCGCGGCACAACAGCUGCAAGAGCAACAGCAACAGCCGGGAGCUGCCGGGACAGCCGAGGCACAUCACUCUGGGCGCCAACUCGCCGCACCACCACCACCACCAGGACAGCACGAGCGCGUGACCUCCGCUCUCUCCGCGCUGCCCCGUGAGGACUGUGCUACGUCAUCGUCGCCGCCGCCGUCUUUUCGCCACGUGUGAAAAAAAGUAAACAGAAUGUGGUUGCACUAACAGUCGCGCAUCCUGGCGAGUGGGCGUUUGGGACGGCGUUUUGUAAACCGCGCAGGCUAAAUGGUUUGCCCGUGGUCGAAUCGGCCGGAACGCGCCCCAAUCUUGGACGCGAAGCGAGGUCGAGGCUGGAUAGCGCUUGGAUGGAAUGGGCGGUGACCGCCACACAUGAAACAGGUGUAGGCUGCCGCGGGCCUAACUUGUCAGCAGAGGAGAGUGCGACAAAUCCCAUCGUUUACCUGCACUAUGCUCCCAACGUGAAGGUGCGCUGCCAGCCUUCACCACUCCACAAUGACCAGCGUGGCGAAUUGUGGUCGGUUAACCCACACGACACUGCACGGGGGGGAGGCCCUCAUCCAGAAGUGGUUUGGCAAAAGCACUCAAGGGUUGAAAUAGUGCUAAGCAGUACGUAUGGACCAUGCAUCUGAUAUAGAUAUACUGCCCGUACCAAUUAUGUACGAGUGGAAACGCCACCAUCUACGUCAUCGAGGUCUAAUUGCCGUCAACUGACAAUAAUUCCAUUUUUCAUGGUGAGAAAUGUUUUGAUUAAGAAAAACUGAAAAAUAUGAAUGUAUUUAUGCUGGGGAGUUUUUUUUUUUUUACACUACAUGCAAAGUUGAUGCAUUUGUUUUAUUACCAUGGUACGUUUCAUGCUUUUAUGAGAUAGAGUAAUAUGUAAAAUGGUUGGCCAUUUUUGAAAGAAAUAUUUUUUAAUUAACAAACUUAACGUACAGUGUACACACCCUGGGCCUAGUGCGUGUUUAAUGGAAUGUAAUAUUUUGCCUACUGGGGAAGUCGCCCCUUGAAUUAGAGCCGUAGAGGUCAAUGUUAAACAAACUACUCGCUGCUGCUGCUGCGUUGCAUAAGCACAAUCAACAGCGACAAAAAAUCUCAACGCGUUCCGUGUCAAUAACACCCGUGGCCUUAAAGGAAAAAUAUAUAGCAGGUGACGUUUCAGGGAGUGGCCCUUUUUCAAAUGUAUGUGUGAUGAAGAAGGACCAUUGUCUGAAACGUUUCUCAUUAUUUGUAUUUCCUUUUAAGGCCGCAUUGUUAUUGAGAAAUGCGAGUUCCUUUACGCAAGUCAAUGGGGCUUUGCUCGAGAAAUAAACUUCUAAACUUCUCAAUAUUUGUAUGCUGGGGUGGGGGGGUGCUGUCGUGGUGAUGUAAUGGCACAAUAGGCUUGCCGUCCAGAGGGUGGCCUGCCUGCUUCUCUGUCCGCCCAGCAAGUUUAAACGGAGAUCCGGUCGAUCGGCCGGUGACGGGGGGGGGGGGGGUAAAGUGUGGGAAGAGUGGACCAACACGUUCCUUCGGAGCAGAGGUCGCAACCGGGUACCCAAUACCCGUACCCUACCCGAUACCCGGCUACCCGUACCCAGCCGGGUACGGGUACCCGUUUGCGACCCUGGUGCGGCCGGGUACGGGUACGGGUAGACCGUGAGUCACUGGUGAGUAACUGUUUGUCACUCAUUUCCCAACGUCUUGUCUCUUCUCACAAUUCAAGUUCCUAGAAUCAACCCACCCGUGCCUGCAACAUGGCUUCAUCCCAGAGGUCGCAAUCAGGUACCCGAUACCCGUACCCUACCCGUACCCGGCCGGGUACGGGUAGGGUACAGGUACGGACGGGUACGGGUACCCGUUUGCGACCCUGGUACGGCCGGGUACUGGUACGGGUAAAGAAUCAAAACCCGUUUGCGACCUCUGCUUCGGAGUGGGCAGGUAGGAACUUGGUUGGACAGCGCAUUCGUGCACGACAGAAAGCUCGCGGUCACGUGACGCACUUCAACCAAUCCGGGAGCGUACAUGUUUGGGAGGUCUUUCUCUGCCAGCAGGAGAAGAUACCAACUCCGUAAAGCACCCGGGUCAGGAAUGUAUCGUAGACCCCUCAACUGGAUUCUCAAGUGCAGCUAGCUGGUGGGACUCACAGUCGUCAAUGUAUACCGGUCAGCUGACGUAAAAUGUUUAUUGAUUUAAAAGCAUUCAUAUGUAAAUUGAACAGAUUGUGUGAGGAUACUUUGGACUACAAUACAACACUUACGUUUGUUGUCAUUCAGAAGGUUUGGAGAGAACGUGUUCCCUUUUAUUUUGUACAUGUUAUAAGGUGGUCUUCAAAUGACUUGCCUAUUUACAAAAUACCUUCUAUUAACUUUGCUAAAUGAUUGUCUGGAUGCUAUUUGUAUAAUGACUUUAUUUUCUUAGGUUUUUUCGGUAAAGUCACGUAGGUAAAAAAUUAAAAUUAAUAAAAUUAAAAUAAAAUAAAUAAUGCUGUGACGGUUCCACCUGAAGACGGAGGCUUGUGUUGCCUCCGAAACGUCGUGAUUUUUUAUUUUAUUUUUAUUUAACUUUUAUUAAUUUAAAUUUUUUACCUACGUGACUUUACUGAAAAAACCUAAAAAUAUGAAUCCCUGCAGUCACGAAAGCUUCAAAUCUAGAAUGACUUUAUUGUUUCGCAAUAUUUUUUAAACUAAUUUAUUAAGUCAAACAAAACAAUUUGACCAUAAUUUCAGAUAGGAUGAAAAGUGGAAUAUAAGUAAAUGUGUUUGAUGAGAUUGAGUUGUGGCGCAGUGCAUUGCACCCUUGUGUUGUCAUUUCGGUGAGCUAAGUUUGAUUCCUGGCCUGGAUUAACAUCGGUGGCGAGGUGAUAUCAGAACCAGUUCUGGCUACUCCCAAUUCAGCAACCCUCUCUGACCCACGUGGUCCAACAAAUCCUCCCCCAAGAUCAACGCAAUUUAUUGACAAAUGGACUGUAAAUUAUGAUAUAUGUUUGACGUCUGAAUAAAAAUUGUUGGGGUUUUUUUUUACAGCUAUAACAUCACGUUUCCGUUUUUGUUUUCAUAACCGUCUCGAAUUUCUGUUACUACUGAGCUCACGCACACACGUGAAUGUAUACAUGUUAUGGUAACAAACCUUCGUAAAAAAUUAAGACGUUCAUUGAUUUGCUUUUGUCUGAUAUUGGCACUAAAUGUUGUACUAUGUAUAAAUGGGUAAGAUGUGUAUGUAUAUAUAUAUAUACGUUCGUGCUUAUCGUGGAUGAAAACUAUGAGAAUGUCGGUGAACGGUCGGGAGGGAUGUGUUCCCACGUGGUAUAUACGAUUCGUGAUUUUUGACCAAAAAAACGGCUGUUGCCUUUUUUUAUAUAAUAAUAAUUGGGAACUCUUAAUUUGUAAAAUUGUAUAUGUUAAGCAAACUAAAACGAGAUGUUUACUAUGUGACUUUUGUACACGGGGAUCCUUGUUGCAAAGGUUUCGUCAUCUGUUGAGACACUGUAGUAAAUGAAUGUGUAUGUAUGUAUGGCCGUUUGUACUAGAUUUAAAACAUAAAAGUUGUAAUACCUGAAUUUACGGCAGUUGUGUGAGUUCUUUGAAUACGAAAAACCUGCGACAUCCACGUCUUUGCUAUUGCAUUUCAAGGGGGGAGCCGAUUUCUUACCGGUGGCAAGACCCGGAGCGCCGAUCCCUGGGAUUUUUAAUCCAGCUUUCGCCCACCCGUCAUUUCAAUGUGCAGUGCGAGUUGAUGUCCUCACCGCAGUCAACAGCGAGAGAGUCGCACGCCUUGCUACUGGAUCUCGUCUGCCAGCCGAGUCGUGGAAAGCUCCAUGGGCAUUCGUCGGGAAAUAUGUUUCUGACUUUUCUAUCGCAUUCAUUUGUUUUUUGUUGUUGCAUUUAACUUGA